UUCACAAUGUUUGAUGACAUCAGAGAGUGUAUCACUUCCUCGGCAAUCAAUGGCUUCCUCAUCCCCUCAUACAGUGGCAUUUUAUUCAAACUCUUAAUUUUCUAUUUUCGUACAUAUUUGUGCAAUGUACAUUUUUCCAGCUGAAUGAUAUAUAUGAUGCCGUAUAAUAAAAGUAAAUUCCAACCUUUUUUCACUGAUGAACUGAAGAGUACCGACUAUCAUCGCUUUUUGAAAAGUCUUUUCACACUGCAUUAUGCCUUGGAAAACGUUAUGAUUGAAACAAAAAAGACGAAUAAUGAGCACGGAGUUGAUAUCCUCAAUCGUUUGAAAAUGCUCGUUUAUGGGACCAGCCAAAAGUUUGGAGUUGUAAAUUUUCACAGCGGAGUUGAACUGUUGGACCUUGUCAUUGCGUGGUGCAGGAUGAAAUUUGGGGACGAGAUGAACAAAACAAGUGUCUUUCGUAUUGGGGCGUGCUUGGCAGACAACGACUCAUUGUCAGAUGAAAUGCGAAAGUUUCGCUACGCAGUUGCAGGAUUCGGCCAUAAUUUUCCUAUUGAAGCUAGCAAACGAGAAAAACUGAAGACGUUUGGUAAACCUACUGAUCUUGCGUACGCCAUGAAUACUCUUUACGAAGUAUCGGGUUUUGACUUGGUCUUCGAAAGCGACACUGAUGAAUCCAAAUCGACUAAUCAGGAGCAAAUUGAUUCUUCCGACUUUUGUUUAAUCGGCAAUAUUGAUGAGAUUGGAGCAAAUUCAAGCGAAACUUCGAUGGAAAACGGCUUAGAAGAAGUUCCGAUCGUCACAAAUAAAAACAAAAAACAGAGGAAGUCUCAUCGAUGCGACAUAAUGUAAAUGAGCUGUCACCGUUUUGUGUUUAAACUAUCAAAGUACAUAAAUAUUCGAGUCAACUAAUAUAAACAAUACUACGAUAAUUCCUUAUUACUUUUUGGCCUCUUUGACUUUACUUAUUAU